UUUUAUUCACGCUUUUACAAUUUUAAAAUGCCUAUGUUAAAAUUAUUAAAUCCGAAUUCCGAAAUAGCUAAAUCAUCUAGGGCAUUAGCUGUUAAUAUUAGUGCAGCAAAAGGUCUUUUAGAAGUUAUGAAAGGGAAUCUUGGACCAAAAGGAACAUCUAAAUUAUUAGUAUCUGGAUCUGGUGAUAUUAAAUUAACAAAAGAUGGAAAUGUAUUAUUAAAUGAAAUGCAAAUUAAACAUCCAACUGCCUCAUUAAUUGCCAAAGCUGCAGUUGCUCAAGAUGAAAUGACUGGAGAUGGUACUACAACUAUUGUGUUGUUAGUAGGAGAAAUGCUUAAGCAAGCUGAGAACUAUAUUACAGAAGGUUUGCAUCCAACAAUAAUUACUGAUGGCUUUGAGGUAGCCAAGAAAAAGUGCUUAAAAAUUUUAGAUGACAUGAGAAGAGUUGAUAAUAUUGACAAAGAAACAUUAACGAAUGUUGCACAAACAGCUCUACGAUCUAAACUUAAUGUAGAAAUUGCAGAUCUUCUUACAAAUAUUGUGGUUGAAGCUGUUACUCGUGUGAAGGAUGAAGAAGGAAAAAUUGAUUUGCAUCGAGUUGAAAUUAUGGAAAUGCGACACAAAACUGAAACUGAUACCAUGUUAGUUAAAGGACUAGUCUUGGACCAUGGUGCUAGGCACCCUAAUAUGCCCAAAAGAGUAUCUAAUGCAUAUAUAUUAACCUGCAACGUUAGUUUGGAAUAUGAAAAAACUGAAGUGAAUUCUGGAUUUUUCUACAACACGGCAGCUGAAAGAGAACAGAUGAUAAAAUCUGAGAGAAAAUUUAUAGAUGACAGGGUCGAUAAAAUCAUUGCGUUAAAACGCAAAGUUUGUGAUCAAUCAACUGGCGAUGCCAAGAAAAAAGCAUUUGUCCUUAUAAAUCAAAAGGGAAUAGACCCAUAUGCCCUGGAUAUGCUAGCAAAAGAAGGUAUUAUGGCUCUUAGAAGAGCUAAGAAAAGAAAUAUGGAAAGAUUAGUAUUAGCUUGUUCCGGUAAAGCAGUUAACAGCUUGGAAGACCUUAGCCCAGAAUGCCUUGGUUAUGCUGGUCUUGUUUAUGAACAUAUCUUGGGCGAAGAUAAGUUUACAUUUGUAGAGGAUUGCAAAAAUCCCAAAUCUGUAACGAUUCUCAUCAAAGGUCCUGCCAAAUAUAUUAUCACUCAAAUGCGGGAUGCUGUUAAAGAUGGCCUUAGAGCUGUCAAAAAUGCCAUUGAAGAAGGUAUUGUUCCAGGUGCUGGAGCCUUUUACAUAACUUGUUACAAACAUUUGCGUGACCUGAUUGAUGGGAAAUACGACAAUAAACCUGGGGAAGAAGAUAUAAAAGGAAAAAUAAAGCUGGGUAUUGAAGCCUAUGCUCAAGCCUUGCUUAUAGUCCCACGCACUCUGGCCUUAAAUUCCGGGUUCGACAUGCAAGGAACCAUUAUUGCGUGCAUGGAAGAAGGCAAUAAUAACGUGGGGAUCGAUUUGGAUACCGGUUUGCCGAUCAAGCCAAACGACUUGGGAAUAUGGGAUAAUUACAAUGUUAUUAAACACAGUCUAUAUUCUAGCACCGUAAUAGCCAGUAAUAUAUUGUUGGUAGAUGAAAUGUUAGCCGCUGGAAUAUCAACUCUCAAAAAAUAGAAAUGAAAAUCUAAUUUUAUAAAUAUCUUCUCAUAUUUGUGCCUUUAUUUUGUCAAUUUUAGUACGCAUUUUAUAUUAAAAUAUUUUGCCUUAUUAACUUGUUUUUGGAUUGUCAAUUGAUUUAUAUUGGAGCAUCAAAUUCAUAAAACACCUUAAAGCAUUGAUUUUUUUUUUCAUUCCAGUC